CCCUACCUAGGGCCCUCAAUUCCCACCAGAAAGGCCCUCGGAGGCUGUAGUGGUUGGGAUGUCGCGCGUGUGCGAGUGUCCUCUGCGGCUGGAAAAGGGCUUCAUCUUGGAUGGUGUGGCCGUGAGCACCAUGGCCCGCACCUAUGAGCGCCUGAGGCCCAAGGUCUGGUCGGCGAUUCCGCCCUACAACGCUCAGCAGGACUACCACGCCCGCCGAUACUUCCGGAGCCGCGUGGUUCCGCCAGUGCUGCGCCGGACUGAACAGGAUCUCGGGGGCACAGGCAGGGAUGGCUGGAUAGUGGAUUAUUUCCACAUCUUCGGGCAAGGACAGAGAUACCUGAACCGGAGAAACUGGGCAGGGGCAGGGCAUUCCCUCCAGCAGGUGACAGGGCAUGAUAACUACAAUGCUGAUCUGAAAAUGAUCAACGGGCUCAAUGGUCGGUUUGGCUAUCGCAGGAACACCCCAGACCUCCGCCAGCGCCCGUCGGUCUUUGGAGAGGUCACCCGAUUCCCUCUCUUCUGACAGCAUCUCUUCCCUUCCCACCCCUUGACCUGAAUAGAAGACAGAUGUUCAGACGAUCUCUCAAUUCUACUUUUAU